CGCUUGUGCGUAAUGAAGAAUCUAGUAUUUCAUUCUUUUUUGUGAACAUGCUUAGUUUGAAAAUUUCGUUUAGCAUACUAACUUAUAGGUGGCUAAAAAUCUGGCAUAGCGUAAAAAGAAAAAUACAAACAAAUGGGGGCUGUGUCACUUUGGUUGGGGGAUGUUUAAAGACUCUUUAGAAGCAAAAUGAAAAGAAAAGAUGCGAUUUAUAAUCCAGAAUUAGUUAACUAUAACUGCCUGUAUUAAAUUAUUAAAGAAUACACGUAAGUUUACAUGAUAAAAAAUGUUAAAAUACGAAAUGCGCUAAGAAAUAAUAUAUGCACCUGAACUGCACUUGUACCCAUCGUCUUUGUCAUUGUUGUCAAGUCGAGAACAUGCGAAAUUAUUGUCUUAUCUUCCCAGAACUUCUUGUUGCAUACUUUUGAGAGUUGCAAUGGUGUAAGCCAUUAUUUUUUUAUCGGACCAUCUAAGACAAAAGUAGUAUGGCACGGCUUAUUAAAAUUUACAACACAUUGAUCAAUUUUCUGCAUUGUUGUUUAGUGGUAUUAAUUUAUUAAUUGUAUAGUAUUAUCUAAUUACUGAUACUCUGAUACUCAGAACUGGUAUAAAAUACUACUAAUAUAGGCAAUAUAGGGCAUGAUUAAUUUUUAUUAAACUAUUACUAUUAUACACUACUUAUACUACACUAUUUAAUUUACCGCUUUAUGACUUUAUGUUUACUAAUUACAUGAUUCAUACAUUCAUAGAUUCAAUUAUCAAUCAUGUCAGAUCAGUAAUUGACUUAAAUUAAUCCAGUAAAAUGACCCCUCCCCCCUCUAUUCCCCAUCAAAAAGGGAAAUAGAGGUCGGGGGGGGGGAGGGGGGUUAUGAUGUAGGGUAAGCUAAGGCAGUGACUUAUAAAUUAUAGUUAAAUUGUAGUUGUAGGUAUAGAAAUAGUAGGUGGAAGCAAACUUGUAUUAGAUUUUAUUAGUAAGGAUCACAUAAUCAUAUUUUAAACUUUUUUUUUGGUUUUGUAGUGAAAAUAACCCAUUCUCAUAAUAAUUUUCCUUAUUUUUUUUAACUGCAAGCAAAAAACACCACUGCCAUUUUGUAUUUGCAUGGACAUGGUUUUACUGAACUUUCUACACCACUAUAACUAUAAUAGACUAUACUAUAGCCUAUAAUCGGCUUAGCCUAAAAUAAUAUAAUAUUUAGUCUUAAUUUUAGGUAAUUUACUUUUGGAAUUUACUUUUCGGGGUGUAUGUGCCAAAACGACGGAGCUCUUUUUACGAGCUUGGCACUCACAUUGCAAAAAUUUUUUAUAAAAAGUAAACUAUUUCCUUAAUAUAUGUAAAACUGUAUAUAUUCUUGUAGGAAAUUGAAUGAACUAAUGCAAUCUUUAUGAAUCAAACUGAAAUAUAAAAAUUUAUGCAAAUGAGUUACCCUGAUUUGCAUAAUUUAUGCGUGUAAUUUUUUGUUUCACCUAGAAUAAACAUGACUUACUUGUAUCAAUUGUGUGAAUUUUUUGAUGGAGAAGCCUGAAUAAAACCUAACACUUAUUUUUGUGUGAAAAAAGGCCCAUGGAGACCCUUCAGACACCUCUGGCAUAUGGUUCUACUCCUUUUCCACCCCCACCCCCUAUUUUUCAGUUGUUACAGACACACUGUAACAGGCCCCCAUUUAUGACCUAGGGACCUUCUCUUAAGCUGAAUGUUACUGAGAAAGUUGUCUGCAUAUCUAUUGGUCUAUCUCAUAAACAUUUGAGUGAUAUUUAGUGUAAAAAAUAGCAUAAAGUACUCGAAUGGGGUGCUUAUGCCUUAUUUAUAGGACUUACGUUGUCUAAAAAUUCAGAGGGGUCAUCUCUGUCCAUUUGAUGACCCCUAUUACUAGUAAAGCUAAACCAAAAGUUCACAACAUUAGCAUUACCCUCAAUUUGAAAGUCUUUAUUUGGUUGUUCUCAUCAUUUUCAGUGUCAGAUUCACUGCAAGAAUAUAAAAUUCACUAAGCACAGUUUGAUCAGAGUCACUGUCAGACAUGUUCGACUUUCACGAUGUCACUACACACACACACAAAAUUCCUCCACACUAAUAUAUUGAGUUCACCUUCAACGAAUGCUGCCAUUACAAUGUUGGGAUGUGCAGGGAUACUUCAGAAUAAUUUUCAUUCGCUGGUACAAUACCAUACCAGCCAAUUGUGAGGCUCGAUUUAUCGGGCCGAUAGUUCGGCCUUAGGCCUGUCUCGCUAGUCAAACUUGGGCGGAUAGGUCGGCCCUUAUGUCUCAAGAGGGUUAGUCUCAAAAGUUAUUAGGAAGUCCAGAGUAGCCUUUUCUUCUGUCUUCUUUAACCAAAUUUACUAUAGUUAUUGGUUAAGUCAUCAUAACCCACCAUUACUAUUCUAGACCAGCGCUACCAGCCUUGGGGCACUUGUGGAAUUUCAAGUCUGGAGGCAAACUGUUGUGAAAAAUAAGAGGGGAAAAAAGGAAAAAAACUAGGACCAAAAAAAAAUGAAAAAGGGGGUGGGGGGGGGGUGCGGAUGAGAAUAGAUUUGUUUCGUUAGAUAUUUUGGAAAAGAUUAUAUUAAUGAUGAGGCUUUGUUUACCUCUGGUGUUAAAGUAGCAAAGCCAUGGGGAAAAAAAUGUGUCUAGCCCUGUGGUUUCCAAAUGAUAGUCCAAGGACAACUGUUGAUCUCUUAAAAAUUCAUGAUGUUUCAUAACAUAUGUUACAUGUUGGUUAGCAUUGGCUUUGUUAAUUUUGAUUUUACUGCAGGUACUCAUUUGUAGAAGAAAAAAUGGAGUUUGCCUUUUUACUUUUACUGCUUUCACUGGUCCAUAGUUGCUAAAGUAAAAUUUAAGUUUGAUGCAAACCCCUAAAUAGUCUUACUGAGUCGAGAAGUAUGCAUUUGUGAGGAAGGCCUACACCUACAUGUAAUAUAGUCCAUACUAUAGACCAGGGAUCGGCAACCUACAGCAUGCAUGCCAGACUUGGCACUCUGAGUGAUUUUCAAUGUAACUUGGAAGAACAAAAUAAUUUGCAUCUUUUAUAAGCUAGACAUAUAGGUUUGUUUGUUAGACUUUUAAUUAGGCUUGUUAGUUAGACUUAUAUCUUAUAGCUUUGUUAGGACUUAAAGGAUAUGUAGGUUUUUGGCAGGCUGAGUAAAUCAGAAAUCAUACUGUGGCGACCGACCCUGCUAUGUACUAUAAUCAACAGUUACAGUAUAUAGUAUAUGGAAAUUUGUAUAAUAGAAAUUUGUUCAAUGGAAGUUAGUUCGAAUGAAAUUUAAAGAAGUGAAAUUUGUCUGAACUUUGAACAUAAGAUGAAGUCCCUUCUCCAGGUGAUUAUUAAAAUAUAACUUACCUUUAGUUAAUACUCAAGAUAGCCUGCUAAACAAUAGCAGAGCAAUUUGUGAACUUCCCAGCUACUAAAGAUAAUUGAAAAAAACAUGCAUUCACGUAACACACUUUAUAGGAAUCCCAAGUAUCAUUAACUUCUGGAAAUUUCAUUAAAUUACAUUUAUUUCUAAUUUAUAAAAUAAUACUUAAUAUCAAAGAAUUAAUAUAUUUACAUACAGGCCUUGGGCCUCACCAUAUUUAUCUUGCCAGAUUAAAAUUGAUUGGAGUGUCAUAAUUAAACAUCAAUGUUUUUAAGAAUCCUAUUUAUUGGAUGUUCAUAAUAAAAAAAAUCCCAUUUUUAAUGUUUUUAAGAAUCCUAUUUAGAAAUAGUAAUUUUAUAUUGACAGGCUAUUGAACGCAAUGUUACAGUUGUGUUAUGAAAUUGUAUUUUUUCGCUAUUGAACAGAGCAUUACAGUUAUACAUAUAUUCAUACAUACCUAGAGAAUUAUAUUUCUGGUUAGGCCAUUACUUUGCAAUUUUAUCACUCAGUAACUUCUCUCCUCUACCUUAUUCAAGUACUAGAAAGUAGUCCUUUAUCUUUGACAGAGAAAACUACCAUAAGGAUCUUGAUUAUGAGGUAGGGAAGAGAUAGGUUAGAACUUUACAGAAAAAUUAAGAUUACUAGGGCUUAACCUGGUGCAGUUUUUUUACACCGGACCCGGGUAUUUUGGGAAAAUACCCAGUAGGUCCAAGUGUUACAAAACAAAGUGUACUUUUCAUUUUCUAUUACAUAUGCUUGCUUUUAAACAUUAGUUCUACACCAUACCAGUGUCUCUUUAUUGAUUAAUAUAAUAGUCACCUCCAAAAAAAAUCAACCUUUUUACCUGAGUUCAACCAUCAUGCUUGACACUUGCUUCUUGAUAGCUAUUUUAUUUUCACUGACUACUGUUAAUAUAACAUAUGUUGAGUAAGUGAGGGCUGUUUGGGAAAUGGAAGUGGCCACACCAGAAGCAAAAUAAAUAUACAUUAAGAUUUUUCAGCUAAUCAUGUUUAGAUAUUGUUUUGUUUUUAUUAGACUUUUUACUACUAUAAAUAAGACUUAUAAUAUAGACUAACCUUUGAUUUUAAUUCCUUAAGUUCAGAUCGUUUUUUAAUUAGUACAUAAGUUCAGUUUUCUAUUACAAAAAUUAAAAUAAGGAAAGUAAAUGAAGUAUUUGUUUUAUUUACCAAUAUUCAUUUUCUGUGUCAAAUAAGGAAGCUAUUCUCUGAAGUAGGUGAACCUUGAAUAAAAUAAUCAGAAUACAUCUGACGUUGGGAAAGAGCAUUUGACCUGGUAAAGAAUUUUUUAAAAUAUAUGUUUAUGCUAAAUAAAUGUCUUACAAUUUAAGCUAUUGAUUCUGGAAUAAACAUCUUUAGCGUUAAAAAACUAUGUCACACGUUGAUUUGUAAUAAGUAGUAUUCAGAAUGAAUUGUAAGUGCCAUCUUGAUUGGGAUAUCACUAAAUGCAAAUUUUUUUACUGAGAAAUCACUAUAAGCAAAAACUUUUAUUGAGAAAUCACUAAAGUCAAAAAGUGUUACUGAUAAACCACAAAAUGCAGAAAGUUUUACUAAGAAAUUAAUAAAGGCAGAAAGAUUUACUGAUAAAUCUGAUCAAUGAUCCAAAGCUAUUUUACUACUUUAUUAGUUUUCUAAUGGUUUGUUAUUUAGAUUGAAAAUAAAAUACUAAUGGUAGAACAAAGCUAUCAUUAUUUUAUUUUUAUUUAAAAAAAAAAUAAAAUAUAUAUGUUUAUUCCUACAGACACUGCAAAUGAGUGAGAUAUCUAUUCCUUUAAAGGCUUUGGAGACAAAUAUGGCCUGUAGUGAUUUCCUAAAGAAAUUCACUGUUCAGGAGACAGAUGGUGCAGGUGAGCAUUUAUAAAAGUAAAAAGAAUAUGAAAUAAAUAAGUAGCUCACAUUAGCAAAACAAAUGUUUGGGUUUAUUUAUGAAAAUUUGUGGUUUAGACUUUUAUUAUUUUUAUAACUUAUUCUCACAUAUUGUUUGAAGAAAAAAAAAGUUUUUUCCAACAUGCCUAUCAUUAAUGAUUGCCUUUAGUUUAGCAAAUAAAGCACAGAAGAGAACCAUGCUAUUAGAAAUUUCAAAUAAGGCAUAAAACAUGUUUUUCUUCCUACGCUUAAAGAUUUUUUACAGAUUUCUUAGUGCUGUUGAACCAAUCAAAAGUUACCGCAACUUAAAAAACUGUUUGUUUUUUUAAAAUUACUUUAUUAGUACGUUCUUUCGCUGUUUAAAACAACAGAUUUGAAUUUUAAACAAUAAGUGAUAAAGCAUAACAAAUAUUUGAAUGGGGUUUGAAAGCAAAGGAUGUGAAGAAAUAUACUGUAAACCGUAAAUGUCUUAUGCUGUGAGGGAAGAAAAAAUAUUAUUCCUAAAAUUAAUAUGGGAUAUAAUUAUGAAUGAUUUUUAACGCAUAUUACUUUUACUUGUAAAUGUACUGUAUUGGAUUAAAAUAAUUAAAUAAGGUGAUUCUUUAUAAUAAUUUAAAAUUAAACAACAUUGCUAAUUAUAAUUAGGCCUAGCCUAAUCAAAGUUUUGUUAUAUUUGGCUUAUACGUUUGCAACUUUUUAAUGAAAAUAUCGCAAUGAAAUCAUUAUGUGUGUGUUACUAGUUCCUGUUGUUUUGAAUUGUGUACUUUAUCUUUAAUUCUGCAUGAUGUUUUUGUAUUUUUCUAGGCAAAAAUUAUGGCAAUCACAUUUACCAUACAUUUUUGCAUCAUAUUAAUUGUUAAUGCUUAAUUUAAAUUGUGACAUAAAAAGGCCCUGCAUGAAUUAAAAACCAAAAAGACAACAUUUUAAUCAUUCAUUGACUUUUGUGACCUGCUAAAAUAAAAUUGUUUUCAGAAAGUUUUAUGGAACGAGGCAUAACUCUUCCUGUAUGUUUUAAAGAAGAAAGUUUAACCAUAACUGUAUAUGGUAAAGAACCUAUCCAUCAGGUAACUAUCAGUUAGUUUAUUUUUUAAUAUUUUUUUACUGAAAUAGAUCAGAAACACCGAAGAAAAUCUUAAUAAUUAUCUCCAAGAAGUAAUCAAAAUAAAGAUAAUUGUUUUUACUAUUUCCUUCCAGUGUCUGAAAUAUAAUUUUGAAAAAAACAAUUCAAAGGUUGCAGGGAUAUUAUGGGGGGUGGGUUGGCAGGGAAUUACUCACUUGUCAUGUAGGCUCAGGUUAUUGGAGUUCUUCAUUAUCAAACUUAUGUGACUGUCUUGUUAUCUUUUCUUUUUUUUCAAAAUAAACUAGUUUAACUUAAAGAUAAGAUCUUAAAACGAGUAGUGGUGUUUUAAAAAUUAAUAUACAACAAAAAAAUAUUCAACUGUAUUUUGUAUUUAAGAUUUAAAAAAAAAAAAAAAAAAAAAAAAAAAAAAAAAAAAAAAAAUUUAAAAAAAAAAAAAAAAAAAAAAAAAAAAAAAAAAUUAAAAAAAAAAGUGGUUUUUUAAAAAAUAAAAAAAAAAAAAAAAAAAAUUAAAUUUUUUUUUUAUUUAAAAAUUAAAAAAAAAAAAAAAAAAAAAAAAAAAAAAAAGAAAAACACUUUUUGAGAGCAAGAUUGUCUUGAACAGACAAAUAAAUUAUUUUAAGAAUGUCCUGAUCAUGAUAAAAAAAAAAAAAAAAAAAAAAAAAAAAAAAAUAAUUUUUAUUAAAAAAAAAAAAAAAAAAAAAAAAAAAAAAAAAAAAAAAAAGGAAAACACUUUUUGAGAGCAAGAUUGUCUUGAACAGACAAAUAAAUUAUUUUAAGAAUGUCCUGAUCAUGAUUAAUCAACUGAUAAAAAUAUCUAAAUUGAUUUUCAGGUGAAAGACAUUUGGCAAAUUAAAAGGCCUGAUGUUAACUUUCAAAAUUAUGAAAUUGUCCUUCACUUCAAAGAUCAUAGGGUUGAGAUUGUAGAAGACCAUGAGGAAGUAGAUGAUGCUCGACUUUUAGAAGUUGAAUUCAUUCGAAUAAGUCAAGCAGGGUAAGUCAAAUUCAUUUUUGUUACCGGUAUAUUUUUUCUGAACAGGACCACCGUGUACUUUGAUCACAAAUGUAAAACAUUCAGUUUGUUUAUAACCACAUUUUUUCAUCUUUGGUUUACACUAUGUCUAUUCAGCAUGAAAAGUUUACCUUCAGUUUAUGUCCUAAUUACAUUCAAUUAUCUAUAAUAUACUCUGCUAUUUACAAAUGAAAUGUGUAAGUCUUUGCAUAAAUAUAAAUACCGGGUAAACAAGUGUAUAUUCUGGUUAUUAAGAAAAAAUGGUUUGAUAAUUUUGUAAGGCCCUCUCCCCUCUUUUAUUUUAUAAAAUAUGGUAAAUGGCAUCAGCCUUGAUAAAAGUAGUAACUGAAAAACAAAGAUAAAAUCUUAAAAUUAACCUUUAUUUCUCAUUCCUACUCCUUUCACAGCUUUCAUCAUAAUGUACCUGUUAAUCUGGACACCAUGCUCGUUAAACAAAUUGGAAUGAAGUAUUGAGCUUAAAACAGAAUAAAUGAUGGCAUCUCAACUCCAAUACGGGCAGAGAUUUUGCUUUCAUACCCAAUGCCUAAUUGUCGGGAUAUACAAAGUGAAAAGAAUAAAUGAUAUUUCAGGAUGAAACUGUCUUCGUUCCCUCAGGCAUAACCUAUCUACUAUAUAUCAAUGUUGACAUGAUUGCUAGUGAAAUGCAGUCACUGUAUAAAAAAGGUCAUAGCUGCCUGUUUUCUUUAAAUAUUGCUUUUGUAAUUUAAAUUUGAGCCAUUUUAUGUUUUAAAAACCAAAUGUUUACAUUUUCUUUGGAAAUAAUUUUAUAAUGGUUUUAAUUUAGCUUGUUGAGAAUCUUAUGCAGUUGUUGGUUUAAAAACAAUAAACAGUGUAUAGUGGGAUAAGAGUUUUAGGUACCCUAUGAAAUCUUUUGUGGCAGGUCAGUUUCAUACAUAGCAAUUCCUUCUGCACAAGCAAUUUCCCGAGCAUAAUGUGAGAUAGUAAAAUGCAAUUGUUCACGAAAAUAUCGUGCAGAAAGGUUUGGAAUAAGGAACUCAUUUUGUCUGACAAUGGGAAAUAAAGAUUGCAUUUAGUUUUCCUCAGUGAUCUUGGCAUUUUUAAAAUAGACUUCCUAAAAAGAAAUGUUUUGAAUGGUUUAGGUUAUGUCGCAGUUCUAAACAAGUUCACAAGUGAAGCAUCCCAUGUAAUCAGAAAUUACAUUUUUUAAUGGCUAAACAAUAAUAAACAAUAAUAUAUGACAGUGAUGUUCUUUAAAGGUUAAGUUUUGGGUAUGUCAUAGCAGGAUUUUGUAUUUUUCAAGCAAUUAUUAAUGUUAAAGUAUUGCAAAUAUUUUUACUUUCUGUCAAUGUCAAUUCACUUUUCACCAGCCUAAAGAAAAAUUAUGCACUUCUAUUUAUCAAGACACCUUUCAUUGUAACUUGUGCAAGAGUUUUUGUUCCUUUAAUUUUAUUAGGCUUAUAAUCUUUUAAAAUACAUUCAAUAAGUGUAUGAUUAAAUUUUACAUAUUCUAUGGAUUUGUUUUCUUUAAAGUUUGUUUGAAUAAAAGAACAACUAAGAAGCUGUUGUUAACUUUAUUUGAGUUAGAAAUUCACCUCAGCUACCUUACUGAACUAUAGAAGUGUAUUGAACUUGUAACUGUAAUGCAAUAAUUGGCUUAAUGAAUGAUGCAACUUUGUGAUGAAGUGCAUCAUUGUAUUGGUAAAUUUUAGCUCACAUUUUUUUUCUUUCCGUUUAUCUAUAAUGAACUUAGCAUUUUAAAACAUUAAUAGUACAAAGAUGGUGGCUUACUCCAAGAAUUUGUUUCUUAAUAAUAAAAAUUCAAUAAGUAAUAGGCAUGAUAAUAACAUCCGUUAUUCAAAAGGUAAUGUGUAUUUUUUUUUAUGUAUUAUAAAGCUUUUUCUGUUUGGGAUCUCUUAAAUAUUGGACAGCGAGAGAGUGAAAACAAUCCAAGGAUUAAAAUCGUCCUCAUCACUUCAACGGACAAACUAACAUUUUUUACACAUUAUUACUGUAUGUGUUGCAUGAAUAUUGGUGAUCCAUUGUGCCUGUUAAUAUACAUCAUGAAUAUUAUCAGAUGAUUAAAUUGGUCCUCAUUAAUUAUACUGAUGACCUAACAUUUCUACACACCAUGUAAUUAAUAUACAUCAUCCUAACUUAACUACUAAACUAAAAUGUUGCAUGUAUAGUGGUGAUCCAAUGUGACGCAUUGUGGUGAUCCAAUGUGUUACACAGUGAUGAUCCAAUGUGACGCACAUAAUUAACUUUUAUUAAAACUCUUCCCACUACUUUUUUUUUAAUGGUUAACACAAUUGGUUAAGUAAUACUAGUGGUUAACACCAUUGGUUAAGUAACACUAGUGGUUAACACCAUUGGUUAAGUAAUACUAAUGGUUAACACCAUUGGUUAAGUAAUACUAGUGGUUAACACCAUUGGUUAAGUAAUACUGCCAAAGUGGUUAACACCAUUGGUUAAGUAAUACCAGCGGUAAUUGGUAGUAAUAAUAGAAAUAACAAAAAUCAUUUAGAGUUACUAAAGUUUUAUUAAUCAAUAACAAUGAACAUCAUUUUUAUAUUAAGUCAUGCAUCGCAUCUUUAAGUUAACAGAAAUAUAAAGUUUUGAAAAAGAAUAAAACCAGGUACAAU